AACGCUAAAGGUUAUUCUUUGUUCAUCAAUUCACGAGACAACAUGUAUUUUUACGCGCUUCUUGCAUUUAUUGCAAUCGCUAAUUGCGAAAACACAAAAAAUCCAGAUAAGAUUACAAUCGAUGUGUAUUACGAAUCUUUAUGCCCAGACUCAAAACAAUUCAUAACCAAACAAUUAUACCCAACUUUAAGCAAAGAAAUCGCAAAAAACAUCAAAUUAAACGUUUACCCCUACGGAAAAUCAACAACUAAAGAGAUCGAAGAUGGGAAAUUCGAAUUUACUUGCCACCACGGCGAAUUUGAAUGCGUUGGGAAUAAAUAUCACGGUUGUGCGUUAAAAUUGGUCGAAAACGAAACCGAUUCGUUAAAAUACGUUAAUUGCAUGAUGGAGAAUAUUUAUUUCGAUGAAAAUAAAUUAAGACGAGCCCCUAUCGAUAAAUGUAAAGACGUUUUGGGGAAAGAUAACGAAAAAGUUGAGGAAUGCGCCAAAAAUAAUCAAGGUGAAGAAUUUUUGGCGGAAUACGGAAAAUUGACCGGGGAUUUCCAAAAACCGCUUAAAUCGGUUCCUACGGUUGUUUUUAACGGAAAAUAUGAGCCGAGUGAAAGCCAAGAUGCUUAUAAUGAUUUUUUGAAGGUUUUAUGUGGGAAGUUUGGGGAGAAUAAACCUAAAGAUUGUCUUUAAUUAAGUUUAAAAUUUAGAUGUAGUAAUAAAAGUUUUUUAAUUGAU